AUGGGCCAUGGUAUGGGCCAUGGUAAGCGUCGGAGUUCUCGAAGAAGAAGCCUUUCCGAACAACCAGCAGUAGUACUCUUUACCAAUAAACUGGACUCCAGAUUUUCUCCCGCUCCCCGUGGGAGUAUGGCUAAUCUUCGGAAUUGGCGCAUACGUACAAUGGGGCCCGACUCUUAUUGCAAUGGCAUCUGCAUACAGAUUAAUACAUGGCAACCCAGUAUUCGAUCGAUACUCGCAUUCUCCCAUUCCACGGACAAGGCAAUCAAGCGACUCGGCUAUGUAGCUUGGAAGAAGUUACUCCCGCUUAUUCCGAUGGGGGCCACGAUGGAUCUCUAG